UUGACUUUUCCUUCGAAAUUAAAGAUCUCACGAGGCAGCAGUCCUGUAGCACCUCCGUCCCUAUCACCUGGAAAGGAUUCGCCAUUAUUUAUUCCCAUCAAUUCUCUUCUCCUUCCCCUCAGCUCGAUCAAGCCCAUAGGAGUAGAUCGUUUCCUAUUACAUGAGCGCCCCCGCUACCAUUCAUAUACACAACUGGAUGGAGAAAGACCCGCCGUCGUGGUUCCAUGCGCAGACGGCGCCGACGGCGCGCGUGGACGGCAAGACGGUGCGGCUGUUCCAGUGCCUCUUCUGCGACAAGACGUUCCUCAAAUCGCAGGCGCUGGGCGGCCACCAGAACGCGCACCGCAAGGACCGCGUCGGCGGCUUCAGCGACCCCUACGGUGAUGGCUUAUUCGGAGGCGCCACCCGGUCCACCGGGGCGCCGUGGGAUUCUGCCUCCGGC